AUGUCCCCCGGAAACGCCGCCUACAUGAACAAGCACGCAAAUCGAAUUUCCAAAACCCCCGAGGCCUUUGAUUUCGAAGAAUUUGGAGCCAGUCUCGAGUCUCGUGAAAGUACCAGAGGAAACGAACUGCGACAAACCGUCUCUCGCGACUCCCAUCUUAGACAGACACUAUCCCGUGACUCUCAGCUCACGGCAGUGGACUUAUCUCCCCAACAGCAGCGGCACUCUUUGUCGCAACCGCGAGAGAUGUCCCCGCGACAACCAUCACGAGACAACUUGUCACCACAACCAUCACGAGAAAGAAGACUGAGUCUGCCACGCGAUCGACGACCCACCAACCCGCGCGAAACCGAAGACUACUCCGCCACAAUAAACUCUGUGACCAACUUGCAACAAGAUGGAAAGUUGGAACAGGCUCACAAUCUGAUGGCAACAGUGGUGACCAGAUCGGAUUUGGGUUGGGUCUCUCAAAACAACGAGCCCGGUCAUGUGACACCUCUUCUCACCCUGACUCUGAUGUAUGGUCUGUCUUUGAGACAUGGCUGGGGUGGUGAGAAGGACGAGACUCGUGCGUUUCGGUACAUCUGUGGAGCUGCAGUGGGACUAUGUCAUGUUUCACUGACUAUGUUGAACAAGGACACGUCUGAGAGUGACAAGAAGACCCAGAUGCUUCACCGGUCUGCUAUGAAGACCGCUCUCUCUUCUCUCGCUCAAUCUCUUUAUGAACUGGGCAACUGCUACCAUUAUGGAUGGGGGGUUACUCUUUGUUCUGCUGUUGCACAGAUCUACUAUGAAUGUGGAGCAUGGCUGGGAGACGAAGAUGCUCAAGAACAGCGUGGUCGAUUGUUGGGUGAAUCUAACAAGUUCGAAGAAAAGAAACUCGGUGCCAACUGGUUGAGAGUGGCCCAAAGAAAGGAGGGACACUCCACGGCGGGAGAGAGUUGGGUCUGGAAGGAAAAGUAUGAUGAGUAA